AUGGCUAAAUCUCACGCCAGUGGAGUAGCCGACAUCACCAUUGCCAGUGUGAUGAGCCUUCAGAGGGAUGAAAGGCUUGGGAAAUACAAUCCUGAGAACUUCAAGCUUGUGCUUGUCGAUGAGGCACAUCACAUCGUCGCCCCAGGCUACAUGAAGGUUCUUGAGCACUUCGGCCUCUCGGCCAAGAGAUCAGACUCACCAAACUUGGUCGGUGUGUCCGCAACGUUCUCAAGAUUCGAUGGACUAAGACUUGGUACUGCAAUCGAUGAAAUCGUCUACCACAAGGACUAUGUCGACAUGAUAGACGAGAAGUGGCUCUCCGGCGUGGUCUUCACAACCGUCAAGUCCACUGCCGACAUCAGCAAGGUGAAGAAACAAUCCGGCGGCGGAGACUUUGUCACUUCAGAACUCUCAAGCGCUGUGAACACAGACCAGGUCAACGAUGUCACUGUCAGAAGCUGGCUUGCCAAAGCGGGCGACCGGAAAUCGACCUUGGUGUUCUGUGUCGAUCUUGCUCACGUAGCCGGUCUCACUCAAAAAUUUAGGCAGUACGGUCUGGAUGCUCGGUUCGUAACGGGCGAUACACACAAGCUCGCGAGAGGCGAGAUACUGGAUGCCUUCAAACGGGGCGAGUUCCCUGUACUCUUAAACUGCGGUGUCUUCACAGAGGGUACCGAUAUUCCCAACAUCGACUGUGUGAUUCUUGCUCGCCCGACACGGUCUCGGAAUCUUCUCGUGCAGAUGAUAGGUAGGGGCAUGAGACUUCACAAGGGAAAGGAGAAUUGUCACGUCAUGGACAUGGUUGCCAGCUUCGAGACUGGGAUCGUCACGGUUCCCACGCUCUUCGGUCUGGAUCCCGGCGAGCUGGUCAGCAGUGCAUCAGUCGAUGACAUGAAGAGCACAAAGGAGCGCAAGGAGGCUGAGAAAAUUCGACAAGAGCAUGCUUAUGAUGAAGCAACCCCUGUUGUGUCCCAAGGUGUCCCUCAGAAAAUCACAUUCACAGAGUACGAUUCCGUAUUCGACCUCAUCUCCGACACCUCUGGUGAGAGACAUAUUCACGCCAUCAGCCAAUACUCUUGGGUACAAGUCGGGCAUGACAAAUUCGUGCUGACCAGCGGCUCCGGUACUUAUUUGAGACUGAUGAAGGAUGAGAAGGACGAUGCUCAGGAUCUCGACUCUUCUUUCUGGAGGGCUUUUGUCGUCCGAGCCCUACCUGCUAGCGUUUCCAAAGCACCAUACGCCCAACCACACGAGAUCCUUAAGGCAACCAAUUUCACUGAUGCCGUGCAUGGCGCUGAUAGCUAUGCCCAGAAGAAUUUUCUACACGUAAUGAUAUCUCGGAGACAACGGUGGCGGGAGGGCCCACCGACUGAGGGCCAGCUCAAGUUCCUGAACAAGCUCAGGGCGGAGGAUGACAAACUCAUGGUGAACGAUAUCAAGAAGGGCAAGGCUGCCGACAUGAUAACCAAGAUCAAGCAUGGGGCCAGGGGGCGAUUUGCUGAUCUACAAACCACCAAGCGGAGGAAGGAGAGGCAAGUGGCCCAGCACGAACAGGAGGUGGAAAGGAGGCGGAGGGAAUGCGUAACGGUAGGACCUGUUGCAUCAUGA